AUGGCGUACGCCAAGGAAGACAAUUUUGGACAAGCCAUCAUGGAACUCAGCUUGGCAAUCCAGAGUGAACCGGGGUGGGUAAUGCCAUUUUUCACAUUAGGCGUUGUCUAUGGAAAUUUGGGAGAACUCGACAAAGCCAUUCAAGCGUGGGAGCGCGCCACUCAUUUAGAUGCUGACUUCGCGAAAGCACAUUACAACCUCGCGGUUGCCUAUUCACAUAAGGCAGAGAAAGGUCUCUCAAUUGCCGCAUUGCGUGAGGCAAUUCGCGUGGACAAGGCGGCAUUUUCCGCCGCGAAAACGGAACCCGCAUUUGACAACAUUCGUAAUUCUCCAGAAUUUCAAGAUUAG